AUGGUAGUCGUACCCGUAGCGCAUUGCGCUCGGUUUCCUCCGCUGACGUCGUUCUUGUUUCCCUCUCCUGUCCCUCCAUUUAUCACGAAUCGGCCCACAGCACCAAAUUCUCUUGGCCAGUGCCCUCCUGUCAUUCCCUCCCUUUUCCCAUGCCCUUCCCUCCCUUUCUCCUUGCCCUUCCCUCCCUUUCUCCCUGUCCGUCUCUCCCUUUCCCCCUGUCUUUCCCUCCCUUUCCCCCUGUCCUUCUCCCCCUUUCCCCCUGUCCAUCCCUCCCUUUCCUCCCUUUCCUUCUCCCCUUUUCCUCUUGUCCUCCUCUCCCUUUCCCCUGUCUUUCCCUCUCUUCCCCCUGACCUUCUCUACAUUUCCCCCCUAUCCUUCUCCCUUUGUCCUUCUCCCCCUUUCCCCCUGUCCUUCCCUCCCUUUCCCCUCUUUCCUUCUCUCCCUUGCCCCCCUGUCCUUCUCUCCUUUUCCCCUUGUUCUUCUCUCCCUUUCCCCUGUGUCCUUCUCUCCCUUUCCCCCUGUCCUUCUCCCCCUUUCCCCCUGUUCUUCUCUCCCUUUCCCCCCUGUCGGUUUAAGCUCCCGAUUGUUCUGGUUCGUAUACGACUUUGUUCACCCAACACGCUGUUGCACUUUACCAUCCCAAUUCCCCACAUCCCUUUCUUGCUUUCUCCCCUUUCACAACCUUGUAGUUCCACUCUCCUGACACUCUGCUCUCACACCAUCCAUCCACCACUUUUGCCCCUUUCUCCCCUUUCCUAG